AUGGCGGUGAACCAGAACCACACGGAAAACCGCCGCAAGCCCUACAUCCCUUACGGCGAAAGUGUCUUGAAUCAGUGUAGUGAUGUGGAGCUCUCCUUCCCAGAGCAACCACCAGGAUCCAAUUUCUUUCAUGGUACAAAGAGGGGAACGUUGCUUCUCACUUCAUACCGGGUGAUCUUCGUGACGUCACACUCAGUCGAUGAUCCCAUGCUUUCUUUUAUGAUGCCAUUUGAUCUGAUGAGUAACUGCACCCUCGAACAGCCAGUCUUUGCCCCCAACUACAUUCAAGGAACCAUUCAGGCAGCUCCAGAUGGUGGCUGGGAAGGACAGGCUACUUUUAAACUAUCCUUCAGAAAAGGAGGUGCCAUCACAUUUUUCCAGUUGAUGAUGAAAGCUGCCUCUGCUGCUGCCGAAGGAACUCCGCUUCAAAGUUUAACUUACUGGUUUGGUGCUCCAGAACUGUUUAUCGUUAGUGGGCAGGGGAGCAUGUGCAACCAACAGAGGUCUUGUCCAGUUAUUGUCCAUGGGCCCCAACCUGUGAGAUAUGGAGCCCCACCAGAAGCAUACAGAGUCCCACCAGCGGGAUAUGCACCCCCACCAGCGGGAUACGGACCCCCACCAGCGGGAUAUGGACCCCCACCUCCAGGAUACGGACCCCCACCUCCGGGAUACGGACCCCCACCAGCGGGAUACGGACCCCCACCUCCGGGAUACGGACCCCCACCAGCAGGAUAUGGACCCCCACCUCCGGGAUACGGACCCCCACCUCCGGGAUACGGACCCCCACCUCCGGGAUACGAAGCUCCACCUCCGGGAUAUGAAGCUCCACCUCCGGGAUAUGAAGCUCCACCUCAG